UAACCACUAGGUUUGCUGGUUUGUUUUUCUCUGUGUACUACUCUUUAUAAGCACUGAGGAAUGAGAACUGCUUAUGGUAUUGUUGUUCUCCUGCGAGAUGAUGAGACAGAUAGUAAACAGAGUGAGUAGUCACAGGCCUGAAUCCGAGUCCAUACCUGUUGAAGAUGAAAUUGACGAUGAAAUUGGCCAUAAUUUCAAUUGGAAGGCUAUUACUCUGGAGCAAUAUUUCCUCGUCGCGAACUUCAUCUUCAAGUUUCCUUCUGUUGUUUUUGGUCAGCUAUCUUCCUCGGAACACCCUGUGUAUGGAUUGCUUAAUAUAGUACUAUCUUACAUAGCCUUCAUCAUUUCAAUCAUUUUCCUUGUUCGCGAGCGUCGACAAGGACGAGUUGCAUUGAGAUGGAGGUGUUUACCAAGAACAUCUGCUGAUAUUGAAUUCAUUUGUGGUAUAGCUGAAUGUAUUAUUACAUCAAUAGCAUAUUUUAGCUAUUUGUCUAGACAUGUUGAUGAUCCUAUCAGGAUAAAUGUCUGGCCUACUGUUUUUGCCUUUGUUGGAUUGUAUUGUAAUUUCUCAGCAACAGCCAAUCUUUCCCAUAGACGGCCAAGUGUCUUACCGCUGACAAGGCGGCCCAUCCCACAUACUCAGUCAAUCCCACCACCAUCACUGAGUAAUGAGUCAAUCCAACCACCACCACUGAGUAAUGACUCAAUCCCAUCUCCACAGAAUACCGAGUCAACCCCACUUUUAAGCCAGCCUAUCCCACAGACAACCUUUACUCUGGCCAAGCUAAAUGCUGCCACCAAUAACUUCUCACCAGAUAACGAGAUUGGUGCAGGAAGCUUUGGUGUUGUUUAUAGAGGCAAAUUAGAUGAUGGUCGUGAAGUUGCAAUUAAAAGAGGGAACACUGGGGCAAAUAGUAGCUGGUUUCAAGAGGACGAGAAUGGAUAUAGUAGCAGGUUUCAAGAGGACGAGAACGGAUUUAAAUCUAAAUUAGCGGUUUUGUCAAGACUUUGCCAUGAGAAUUUGGUUGGGCUUGUUGGAUAUUGUGUAGACAGCGGCGAGAGACUUUUAGUUUAUGAGUAUAUGAAUAACAGCAGUUUGUCCUUCCAUUUACAUGAAAAGAAUAGUAGUGAGUUCAAUUUUUGGAAAAUGAGGAUAAAGAUUGCAUUAGAUGCUGCUAGAGGAAUCGAGUAUCUUCACAAAUGUGCAGACCCACCGAUAAUUCACGGAGAUAUCAGAUCUUCUAAUAUUUUGCUCGAUUUAAACUGGAAAGCAAGAGUUUCUGAUUUUGGAUUGUCAUUGAUGGAUCGUGACUCUCAAAGCUAUUAUGGUUUUAUUGGUUAUGAUUCAAAUGUACUAACCACAGACACGGAUGUCUAUAGCUUUGGUGUGGUAUUAUUAGAACUAUUGACCGGAAGAACAGCUAAAUUUCAAGAUGAUUAUGAAUCAGAAAAGGUACGAGAACUUGUGUAUUUUAUAAACAAUAUUAUUAAGUCCCGUGAGGUUAUAGCUCGUAGGAUUGCCCGGCCAGUGCUUGAUGACACAGACGCACUUAAUAAUGAGGUUUUGAAUGAGGUUUUGGAUCAGGUUUUAGAUCCUAGGGUUGCCCGGCCAGUGCUUGAUGAUAAAGACGCGGUGGAGUUGGUGUUCAAGACUGCACUUCGAUGUGUGAAUUCCAAAGGGAUAGAUACGCCAACUAUGACUAACAUUGUUGCUAAUUUGGAGCAAGCUCUCUCAUAUUGUUAUUCUAUGCCAAGAUUUGCAAAGAUUAUUGAUAGAAGGCCACAAAUAUAAAUUUCAUUGGAUGAAGAAACAAAUUGUAGUUUUUCUUUUUUUUGAAGAAAAACAUAUUGUAGUUGAUAAGGAGGAUGUUUCAACUUAAUGUAUUUCUCUUCUUAAACAAUGUUAAGGCAUUCCCGUUGCAGUUUCCUAUAAAA